AUGGAACCUUUCGUCUACACACUAAUGUCUCUGGGGAGAAAGAUAUUGGAGUUCUGGAAGUUUGAGAGAAUUGGGGAAUACUCUGCGGUUGUAUACUGCAUCGCAUCACAGCCCAACAUUCGAACUUGGAGUAAGUAGUUGUGGUAUGCGAUUGUUGUAUGCGAUCCCAACUUCGAUGGGCUUCUACCAAAGCUACAGCUACAGCUAUCCGGUCCGUUCCUGUACAGUACAAACCUUAGGUAAGGCUCAACUCAUCAAUCAUACAUGAAGCCGCAGUCAGUCUCAAUGUACAAGAGGCUCUUCUAGCUUUCAGAGCAAUUGUUCUGCAGGUAAGUAAACACACAUUGGGUAGAUCAACGGCCGCUUCGACAUGUAG